GAUAAAAACUAAAAGAAGAAGAACAACAACAGCCAUCUCAGCCAUCUCGGUAGCUUGCUCGGAAACAUAGCGGAAACAUUCAAGCUCUUAAAGACUCUUUCUGGUAUUUUAGGCACUGUGUUUUGAUCACAUUUCUGUCGUUUAGCUAAUUAUCUCAUUUAAUUUCCUAUUUACGUUUUUGUUGUUAUUAUUUAGCUGACGUGGCUGGUUAAGUUAGCAUUAGCAUAGUUAGCUAACUGUUAGCUAUCAUCCUUGACCAUGAGUUCACCAAGCUACUCUCCUCCUGAUGAAGAGGAGGAAGUCUGCUGGACGGAGAAAGAGGGUCUGUGGCUGAAUGUUGUCGUGAAAGAGGAAGAGGAAGAAGAGGAUGUCACAGUAACAAAAGUAGAGGAAGAGGAGGUUGUUACAGUAAAACAAGAAGUAGAGGGUGAGGCUGUUACAGUGAAAGAAGAGAAAGACGCGUUCAGAGUGAAAGAGGAGGAAGAGGAAAAGGAGGAUGUGACUGUGAAAGAAGAGGAGGAAGAGGAUGAUGCAGUUUUUGGAGUGAAGGAGGAGAAAGAGGAGGAGGGGGAGAUGACUGUCACAUUGAAAGACGAGGAAACAGGAGAUCUGAUUAACACCAGAGAGAGACGGGACUAUAGUGGAUCCUCUGGGGAUCCUCAACAACCUCAUGAUGCUGACGAGGCAGAGCAGAGUCUCUCCGCAUCGGAACAACCCAAGAAACACCAGCGGAGAAUCACAGGAAAGACACCUCACUGCUGCUCUGACUGUGGGAAGAGUUACUCAAGAUCAGAUUCACUAAAACUACACCAGAGAAUUCACACAGAUGAUAAAUCUCACUGCUGCUCUGACUGUGGGAAGAGACUUACCUCUUCGGCAGACCUUAUAAGACACCAGAGAAUCCAUACAGGAGAGAAACCGUAUAGCUGUGAUCAAUGUGGAAAGAGUUUUAAUGUUCCAAGCAGCCUGAAAACACACCAGAGAAUUCACACAGGAGAGAAGCCUUAUAACUGUUCUCAAUGUGGGAAAAGUUUUUCUUCAUCAAGCCGUCUGACUACACACCAGAGAAUACACACAGGAGAGAAUCCUUAUAUCUGUGAUCAAUGUGGGAUGAAUUUUACUACAUCUAGCCAGCUGACUUUACACCAGAGAACACACACAGGAGAGAAGCCUUAUAGCUGUAAUCAAUGUGGGAAGAGUUUUGCUCACUCACGCAGCAUGACAGCACACCUGAGAAUACACACUGGAGAGAAACCUCACUGUUGCUCUGACUGUGGGAAGGGAUUCCACUCUUCAGCAGACCUUAAAAUACAUCAGAGAAUCCAUACAGGAGAGAAACCUUAUAGCUGCUCUGACUGUGGGAAGAGCUUUUCAAAAUCAUCUACAUUACAAUCACACCAGAGAAUUCACACCGGAGAAAAACCUUAUAGCUGCUCUGACUGUGGGAAGACCUUUUCAAAAUCAUCUACAUUACAAUCACACCAGAGAAUUCACACUGGAGAGAAACCUUAUAGCUGUUUUCAAUGUGGGAAGAGUUUUACUGAAUCUAGACGGCUAACUACACACCAGAGAACACACACCGGAGUGAAACCUUACCACUGCUCUGACUGUGGAAAGAGAUUUGUUUCGUCAGGACAUUUAAAAUCACACCAGAGAACACACACAGGAGAGAAGCCUUAUAGCUGUGAUCAAUGUGGGAAGAGCUUUACUCACUCAAGCAGCCUGACUAUACACCAGAGAAAACACACAGGAGAGAAACCUUAUAGCUGUGAUCAAUGUGGGAAGAGUUUCGUUACAUCUAGCCAGCUGACUAUACAUCAGAGAACACACACAGGAGAGAAAUCUCAUAGCUGUGAUCAAUGUGGGAAGAGUUUUGUUACUUCUAGCCGUUUGACUAUACACCAGAGAACACACACAGGAGAGAAACCUUACAGCUGUGAUCAAUGUGGGAAGAGUUUUGUUACAUCUAGCAGUCUGACUAUACACCAGAGAACACACACAGGAGAGAAACCUUAUAGAUGUGCUCAAUGUGGGAAGUGUUUUACUACAUCGAGCCAUCUGACUAUACACCAGAGAACACACACAGGACAGAAUCCUUAUAGUUGAAAUCAAUCUGGGAAGAAUUUUGCUCAGCCAAACUAGCUGAUAUCACACACAGGAAAUAAAUAUUGUAGCUGUGAUCAAUGUGACAAGAGAUACUCUGGUAAAAAGAUAUCUGAUUAAACAUCAGAAAAUACAUGGAGUUGUUUCAUGAUAUCAAUGAAAUGAUGUCACAAUGUAGAACGUUGUAGAAGGGGUAUUUUAAUUAUGUCAUAAUGUAGAAUGUUGUAGAAGGGGUAUUUUAAUGAUGUCAUAAGGUAGAAUGUUGUAGUAGGAGUAUUUUAAUGAUGUCAUAAGGUAGAAUGUUGUAGUAGGAGUAUUUUAAUGAUGUCAUAAUGUAGAAUGUUGUAGAAGGUGUAUUUUAAUUAUGUCAUAAUGUAGAAUGUUGUAGUAGGAGUAUUUUAGUUAAUCAUGUCACAAUGUAAAAUAUAUAUUGAGUGAGAGAUCCUUCCUUCCCUUGUGCUCCUUCACUCCGGGUCUUUGUCCACUACUUAGUACACAAAACCUACAGACAAGAACAGUAUCCCACAUGCUUCAAGUGCGCAUCCCACAUUUCUGAGGGAUUUCCGUUCACACAAUUUCUGAGACUGAAGCUCUUGUGUGUUGUAGUAAAACAGAGGCUGGAAAUGUAGAGGGAGUUUGAGUCUCAUCGCCCCCUCCCCUAAAGAAUGGCUUGAUGAUGCUCUCAGUAGAAAUGUAGAAGGAGUUUGAGGCUCAUCGCCCCCUCCCCUAAAGAAUGGCUUAAUGAUGCUCUCAGUAGAAAUGUAGAGGGAGUUUGAGGCUCAUUGCCCCCUCCCCUAAAGAAUGGCUUGAUGAUGUUCUCAGUAGAAAUGUAGAGGGAGUUUGAGGCUCAUACCCCCCCCCCUAAAGAAUGGCUUGAUGAUGCUCUCAGUAGAAAUGUAGGAGGAGUUUGAGGCUCAUACCCCCCCUAAAGAAUGGCUUGAUGAUGUUCUCAGUAGAAAUAUAGAGGGAGUUUGAGGCUCAUCGCCCCCUCCCCUAAAGAAUGGCUUGAUGAUGUUCUCAGUAGAAAUGUAGAGGGAGUUUGAGGCUCAUACCCCCCCCCCUCCCCUAAAGAAUGGCUUGAUGAUGCUCUCAGUAGAAAUGUAGGAGGAGUUUGAGGCUCAUCACCCCCUCCCCUAAAGAAUGGCUUGAUGAUGCUCUCAGUAGAAAUGUAGAGGGAGUUUGAGACUCAUACCCCCCCCCCCUCCCCUAAAGAAUGGCUUGAUGAUGUUCUCAGUAGAAAUGUAGGAGGAGUUUGAGGCUCAUCACCCCCUCCCCUAAAGAAUGGCUUGAUGAUGCUCUCAGUAGAAAUGUAGAGGGAGUUUGAGGCUCAUACACCCCCUCCCCUAAAGAAUGGCUUGAUGAUGCUCUCAGUAGAAAUGUAGAGGGAGUUUGAGGCUCAUACCCCCCCUAAAGAAUGGCUUGAUGAUGCUCUCAGUAGAAAUGUAGGAGGAGUUUGAGGCUCAUCGCCCCCUCCCCUAAAGAAUGGCUUGAUGAUGCUCUCAGUAGAAAUGUAGAAGGAGUUUGAGGCUCAUACCCCCCCCUAAAGAAUGGCUUGAUAAUGGUCUCAGUAGAAAUGUAGGAGUUUGAGGCUCACCCCCCCCCCCCAAGGCUCAUCCUCAUCUUGAAGAGACGUCGCUCUAGUCUUGAUGAGACGUUGCUCUAGUCUUGAUGCCAUGUCCUCCCUCUAGUCUUGAUGUCCUCCCUCUAGUCUUGAUGCCAUGUCAUCCCUCUAGUCUCGAUGUGACGUCCUCCCUCUAAUGUUAGUUGACAGAUAAGAACACGAGACUUUAAGGAGAAAUUACCCAACAUCCCCUAUUGCAUGUAAUUUCUCAGAGGCCCUGUCUCCUCCAUGUCCUUCUGCUCUAUACAGUAGAUAAACCUUCAGGUAGGGGUGGUUCUCAGAGGCCCGUCUCCUCCAUGUCCUUCUGCUCUAUACAGUAGAUAAACCUUCAGGUAGGGGUAGGGGUGGUUCUCAGAGGCCCGUCUCCUCCAUGUCCUUCUGCUCUAUACAGUAGAUAAACCUUCAGGUAGGGGCGGUUCUCAGAGGCCCGUCUCCUCCAUGUCCUUCUGCUCUAUACAGUAGAUAAACCUUCAGGUAGGGGCGGUUCUCAGAGGCCCGUCUCCUCCAUGUCCUGUUCUAUACAGUAGAUAAACCUUCAGGUAGGGGUGGUUCUCAGAGGCCCGUCUCCUCCAUGUCCUUCUGUUCAGCAGAUAAACCUCCACGUAGGGUUGGUCAUCUUGAACUUAGUCUUCUCCACCCAGAAUGCAGGUGGAUGUUCUAUUUAAAAACUCUCCACCCAUCAGGCGUGAAUGAAGAAUUGUUAUUUGAGUGUUGUCUGUAACUGGUAUAUUGCCUGUUAUUGGUGUUCCAUACCUCCCUCUAGUGGUGCCUCUAGCUCCAUACCUCCCUCUAGUGGUGCCUCUAGCUCCAUACCUCCCUCUAGUGGUGCCUCUAGCUCCAUACCUCCCUCUAGUGGUGCCUCUAGCUCCAUACCUCCCUCUAGUGGUGCCUCUAGCUCCAUACCUCCCUCUAGUGGUGCCUCUAGCUCCAUACCUCCCUCUAGUGGUGCCUCUAGCUCCAUACCUCCCUCUAGUGGUGCCUCUAGCUCCCUACUCCUACCAUCCUGUUUGAUUUAUUCUGAGGAAACGUUCCCAUGUAUAAGCAAUACAUGUUUCUCUGUCCGCUUUUCUUUAUUUGGUAUAUAAUGUAGAGCAUGCAUUCUGUUGUACUAGGUACUGAUUUAGAGAUGUUCUGAUGCGUUUUCUUGGCACCAUCAUGUGACAUGUAAUUAUCAUUGAAAUAGAAGCCUGGGACCUAUUCACAGUGAUGAUGGCCUGAGAUCAUGUAAUUAUCAUUGAAAUAGAAGCCUGGGACCUAUUGUUCUUUUGUUUUCACCUUUUAUUUAGGCACUUUCUUGUAUUAUUAUAUAUUCUUUGGGCAGUUUCAAUAAACCUCUCUGGUGCAAAGUCA